AUGUAUCUGAGAGACAACAGACCGUGUUCAACCCGGAGACAAAAUGUAUCUGAGAGACAACAGACCGUGUUCAACCCGGAGACAAAUAUAUCUGAUAGACAACAGACCGUGUUCAACCCGGAGACAAAUGUAUCUGAGAGACAACAGACCGUGUUCAACCCGGAGAGAAAUGUAUCUGAUAGACAACAGAUCAGGUUCAACCUGGAGACAAAUGUAUCUGAGAGACAACAGACCAGGUUCAACCUGGAGACAAAUGUAUCUGAUAGACAACAGACCGUGUUCAACCCGGAGACAAAUGUAUCUGAUAGACAACAGACCAGGUUCAACCUGGAGACAAAUGUAUCUGAUAGACAACAGACCAGGUUCAACCCGGAGACAACUGUAUCUGCGAUACAACAGACCAGGUUCAACCAGGAGACAAAUGUACCUGAGAGACAACAGACCAGGUUCAACCCGGAGACAAAUGUAUCUGAGAGACAACAGACCAGGUUCAACCUGGAGACAAAUGUACCUGAGAGACAAAAGACCACGUUCAACCCGGAGACAAAUGUAUCUGAUAGACAACAGACCAGGUUCAACCCGGAGACAAAUGUAUCUGAGAGACAACAGACCGUGUUCAACCCGGAGACAAAUGUACCUGAGAGACAAAAGACCACGUUCAACCCGGAGACAAAUGUACCUGAGAGACAAAAGACCAUGUUCAACCCGGAGAUAAAGGUGCCUGAGAGAAAAUGUUCAACCAGGUGA